AAGCCCAUAUAUCUGUUAUUGGCACUGCAUGUUCACCAUUGACAAUGGUAUGCCGUUGCCAAAUCUUCUGUUUGAAACAGAUGAUGGUCGACGCCACUACAAUCUUACUUUUGGAUGCUGUCUAUUGGAUACAUGGCUGAUGAUCUUACUAGAAGACUUGUUGAUUCUGGUGGUGCUGCUCCUGCUACUUAUCUUGGAAGCCCGAUGCCAGGAUGAGUGUGGUGUGCUGUGUUCUGCAAGUGUUUUUGGGUCAAGAAUAGCUCAUGGAAUCUGGUGUACUGAGUACAAGAGGUCCAGGUUUUUAGGAACCGCAGGAGUGCUUAUGGUGGAGGGCUUUCUGGAACUGCUUUUAGAGAGAGGAUUAUUCGUGCUUUCUUGGUCAAAGAGCAGAAGAUUGCCAAGAAGGUCCUGAAAAUUCAGAAAACCAAAGACAAGAUAGCCACAAAGUAGAGCUCCUUUAAAUUGACGUUGCGCUGCUGUUUUGUACACAAUGAAAAAUACUCCUGAUGGUGGUGAUGAAAGGUUUAAUUGCCUCGAGUUAAAUGUUUAGCAGG